GAUACGUGAGGUCUAUUGCAAUAACGUUCAUUCGCUUCAUUCCUCUUACUUUCACACAGUAUUCAUCUGAUCUCAUACAUUCUCUUCUCCCCUUUCUAUAAAUUCAUACCCCGAUUGUGAUCAUGCAGUUUAAAACAUUCGUCCCAGUAGCAGCUCUACUGUCCCUACAGCUCUCCUCUGUUCUGGCUGCCCCAGUAGCAGAAGCAGAGGCAGUGGACGCCUCAUUCGAAUUAGAAAAACGCAUCGGCACCGACGCUGGUGACGGAACAAAAGCAAAACCAUACAUCUUCAAUAUUGAUUGUACUGGUGUCGAUGAAGUGUGCGAGGCUCAAUGUGCUGCCAUUCUCUGCUUCAAAUCACCUUCGUUACUUCAAUAUGGAGGACCAGGAUCGAAUACGGCGCAGAGAACAGCAAGUGGUGCCGGAUCGGACCCUUUCAGACCUCCAAUAGCAACACUGGUUGGGGGUUCACCGAUUGACUUAUCUGCGUUGAAACAAUCUACAUGGACUAGUCCGGAAGAUACCACCAAUGCAUCUGCCAAAGAGGGUGGAAAAGGCUGCCUUAUUGCCCCUGUCAAUGCAAGCCAUAACACAAAGGAGGGAUCCCGAGUUUCCGGACAAAUCAGUCACUAUAAAGCCAAGAAAGGCGAAUACUUCAAGAAGAAGUACCACAACGCCGGUAAAUACUGCAAAGCACUAGAUGCAGGAAAGGCAGCCGACACAGUUUGCAAAAACGCACCUUCAACAGAACCAGUCCACUUUAUGUAUCGAAGAACAUCCAAAAAGAUUGGAAACUCGCUCCUUUGGCAACACCUUACGUACGGAACUGACACAUGGGCUGUCAACUUCCCCGGAUAUUCUUGAAUGUUUGAAUAAUACUAUGAUUUGGCGGGCGAUCAAAUUGCCAUGCCUUGCAUAGAAUUUGAGCACUUGAGGAUGGGUUUAUGUUUCGAGAAGAAUUGGACUGAAAUUUUCUUUCAUACUUGAACUUUUUACCUAGAACUUUUAUUUUAUUUUUUUCAUUUUUGCUUGGGUUGCUUUUUUGCAUUGGUGGAAUGGCGAGAAUUGUGGUAUGCGGGCA